GAUUCCACGCGUUCAAUGGUGGACCCCGGCUGUACCUUGCCGUGAACUUGGCCAGGUACGAGAUCAUGGCCAUCUGCACCGCCGUCCUUCCGCGCUUCAAGGUCGACCGGGUGACCAAGGAGCUGGGGCAGACUGCCUCUUGGCCGCAGAUGUACCUGAAUUCAGUGACACUUCGUUGUGAAAGGCAUCCCGCAACCGUCCGCUGCAUCUACUGUAUAGUAUGGAGUUUCUCCAGCAGGUACUGCCUUGAUUGUACUUCGCAUUCGCAUGAAACUUGGCCCGCGUAACUGGAAACGAGAGGAAAGAUGACACCUCGUUUGAUGGAUAUCGUGUUCGGUUCGACAGCUGUUUGCGGCUCCUAAUAGAUAUUUACAAAGCGCGCUUAGAUGUCGCUUCCUGCGCCGAGCGACUUGGUAUAGAGCAGAGGAGGAUUUGAAUGAUCUCUCUGCACCUGGGAACGUGGGUCUGGG